GAAGGAUUCGCUUUCACCAACGGCCUCACAACCGGGGGCGCAACCGGCCCAACCACCCACGUCUCCGACCUCGCCUCCCUCACCGCCGCCCUGUCCUCCACCAGUCCCAAAACCAUCAUCCUAACCGGCCUCCUCGACCUCACCGCCAUCCGUCAACUCCACAUCAACUCGCACACCACCCUCCUCGGCUCCCCCACCAUCCCGUCAGGCUUCACAGGCGGCGGACUAGCCAUCACCAAAAACACCACAAACGUCAUCGUGCGCAACCUCCACUUCACCAAACCCGUCGGUAUCGACUCCAUCCAGAUCCAACAAUCCUCCCACGUCUGGAUCGACCACAACACCUUCUCCUCCGACCGCGACCACGGCAAAGACUUCUACGACGGGUUGCUGGACAUCACCCACGCGGGGGACUACAUCACCGUAUCCUGGAACGCGUUCUCCGACCACUUCAAAGUCUCGCUGGUCGGUGCGUCCGACGACGAUGGCGACGAGGACACCGGCCGUCUGCAUGUGACGUACCACCACAACCAUUUCCACUCCGUCGGCUCCCGCACCCCCUCCCUCCGAUUCGGCACCGGCCAUGUGUACAACAACCUGUUUGAGGAUAUGAGCUCCGGCGUGCACUCGCGUAUGGGUGCCCGCGUCCUUGUCGAGAAUAACAUCUUCGCGAACGUCACCACGCCCGUGUUUACGACCGGGUCGAAGGUGGAUGGGGAGGUGUUGGAAAGGGGCAAUGAGUUUGGGGAAGGGAAGGUGGAGAUUACGAAGGUUGCGGAGGGGAUGACGGUGCCGUAUGGGUAUGUGAUGGAUGAGGUUGUGGAUGUGAGGAGGAGGGUUUUGGAGGGGGUUGGGGCGGGGAAGUUGCAGUUUUAG